AUGGCAGGCGUGCCGCCGCCCGUGAAGUCCGCUAAGGCGGGGCUGGAGGAGACCCCGGUGGAGCAGCAGGUGCAGAACAUCCGCAUUACGCUCAGCUGCAUGAACAACGUCAAGAGCCUCGAGAAGGUGUGCGCCGAUCUGGUGCGCGGAGCCAAGGAGAAGCGCCUCAAGGUGAAGGGCCCCGUGCGCAUGCCCACCAAGGUGCUGCGCCACACCACGCGCAAGUCGCCUUGCGGCAACGGAACGAACACGUGGGACACGUUUGAGCUGCGCGUGCACAAGCGCGUGAUCGACCUGGUGAGCCCAUCGGAGGUGGUGAAGCAGAUCACGUCCAUCACCAUCGAGCCGGGGGUCGAGGUCGAGGUCACCGUCACCAGCGCUUAA